AUGAACAAUUACAAGCUGGCAAAGAUUCUAGCUCAGAAGUACAGGCAGCUCCCACAGAAGGUGAAGAAGAAAUACACUGAGGAAUACUGGAAGGACAAGCAGGAAUUUAAAGAAAAAGUCUCUCAACUUUGGCAAAAACACCCUGAUCAGGUCCAGAUCUGCAAAAAGUCUGGUGGGGGCAAGAGGCGCCCAAGAAAAGCUCCAAAGAAUGCCCAAGACAGUGUGCAAAGCGUGAGGCCUCCGUCCAAGACCGAUGAAUUUGGCAAGUAUGUGAAAUUUCAUGGAGAGCCCCCGAAGCCCCCCAUGACGGGAUAUAAUAAAUUUCAUGACGACUGGUGGUCAAGGGAGGAGUUGGAAUACUUGUCCCCCCAGGAGCGCAGGGUGGAGAUCAGCAGGCGCUGGCACCGUGUGCCCCCAGCCCUGAAGGAACAGUACAGGCAGCAGGUGGAGGAGCUGCAGAGACAGUACUGGGUGGACCUGGACCUCUGGUUCAAGGGUCUGUCUCCUGAGGAGUGUGCCGCAUACAAAAAGAGAAGCUCUGGGAAGGGCAAGAUCGUGACCUUGCCUGGAGACCCAAACCCCAGGUUCAGCAGGAGAGACCUGCCGCCCUCACCAGCCAUGAUUGUGCAGGCAGGACCAGGCCAGGAGAACAAGCUGCAGGCUCCAGGCACGGGUGCCCCUGGUGCGGUGUCCAGCUGCCAUCCCCACCCACCCGGAUCCCAAAGAACCAGGAAGGAACCCGUGGAAGGAGACGGCAGCGCCUCAGACUGCAGCAGUGAAGAUGAAGACGAGGGCAUGAACCUGUCCUUCUCUUCUUCUCCUCCUCUUAGGCACUGUUAG